CUGUCCCCUGCCAGGUCUCUAUAUGCUCCAACAAAACUGCAUAACUAUAAAUCAAAGAGUCCCAAUAUUUGAAACUUGGAGAAGAACAACAAAAAGAAUGAGUGCUUCUCUGGUAAACACUCCACAGGGUUUGUUAACCUUCAAUGAUGUGUCUUUGAACUUCUCACUGGAGGAAUGGGAAUGUCUCAAUUUUGCUCAGCGGUCAUUGUACAUAGAUGUAAUGUUGGAGAAUUUCAACAAUCUAUUGUUUUUGGAAAAUCAUCUCAUAUGUGGAAGACAUCAGAAGGUCUUAGAUCAAGACACAGAGUGCAAUGUCCAUGAACAUGUGAAUAUGCAAGAGAAGUCUUAUAAAUGUAAUGAGCUCAGCAAACUGAUUAAUGAAUCCACCCAAAUUACACCUGAUAAAACUAACCACAGAGAUGCCUCACUUCAAUCUUCAAACCUGAAAAGACUUAAAAUUGGGAAAACCAGAGAAGUUUCCAAAUAUAAAGACUGUGUAAAGUUUUUAAAUGAGUGCUCUAUAAAUAAUCUAAAUCAAGGAAUACAAAUAGGGAAGAAAGAAAACAACAAUCCAGAAUUUGAUGAGGGUUUUGUAUCUAAACAUAAACUGAUGCUGAAACCAAACAAUAAUGGUAAGAAGCUUUACAAAUGUAGGCAAUGUGACAAAUGCUUUACUGACAAAAGUAAUCUUAGAAGUCAUCAGCGAAUUCAUACUGGAGAGAAACCUUACAAAUGCAGUGAAUGUGACAAAUGCUUUACUAACAAAAGUAGUCUUAGAAUUCAUCAUAGAAUUCAUACAGGAGAGAAGCCUUACAACUGCAGUGAAUGUGACAAAUGCUUUACUGACAAAAGUACUCUUAGAAGUCAUCAGCGAGUUCAUACUGGAGAGAAACCUUACAAAUGCAGUGAAUGUGACAAAUGCUUUGCCAAAAAAUGCAGUCUGCAAUGUCAUCAGCGAAUUCAUACAGGAGAGAAACCUUACAAAUGCAGUGAAUGUGACAAAUGCUUUACUGACAAAAGUAAUCUUAGAAUUCAUCAGAAAAUUCAUACAGGUGAGAAACCUUACAAAUGCAGUGAAUGUGACAAAUACUUUACCCAAAAAUGCAGGCUUGAUAGUCAUCAGCGAAUUCAUACUGGAGAGAAACUUUACAAAUGCAGUGAAUGUGACAAAUGCUUUACUGUCAAAUGUAGUCUUAGAAUUCAUCAGAAAAUUCAUACAGGUGAGAUACCUUACAAAUGCAGUGAAUGUGACAAAUAUUUUACACAAAAAUGCAGUCUUGAUAGUCAUCAGCGAAUGCAUACUGUAGAGAAACCUUACAAAUGCAGUGAAUGUGACAAAUGCUUUACUGUCAAAAGUAGGCUUAGAAUUCAUCAGAAAAUCCAUACAGGAGAGAAACCUUACAAAUGCUGUGAAUGUGACAAAUGCUUUACCCAAAAAUGGAGUCUCCAUGGUCAUCAGAGAAUUCAUACAGGAGAGAAACCUUACAAAUGCAGUGAAUGUGACUAAUGCUUUACCCAAAAAUUCCAUCUUCAAAUUCAUCAGAAAAUUCAUACAGGAGAGAAACCUUACAAAUGUAGUGAAUGUGACAAAUGCUUUACUGGACAAUCCUAUCUUAGGAUUCAUCAGAUAAUUCAUACAAGAGAGAAACCUUACAAAUGCAGUGAAUGUGACAAAUGUUUUACUGACAAAAGUAGUCUUAGAAUUCAUCAGAAAAUUCAUACAGGAGAGAAACCUUACAAAUGCAGUGAAUGUGAAAAAUGCUUUACUGACAAAAGUAGUCUUAGAAUUCAUCAUAGAACUCAUACAGGAGAGAAACCUUACAAAUGCAGUGAAUGUGACAAAUGCUUUACUAACAAAUGUAGUCUUAGAAUUCAUCAUAGAACUCAUACAGGAGAGAAACCUUACAAAUGCAGUGAAUGUGAUAAAUGCUUUACUGACAAAAGUACUCUUAGAAGUCAUCAGCGAGUUCAUACUGGAGAGAAACCUUACAAAUGCAGUAAAUGUGACAAAUGCUUUACCCAAAAAUGCAGUCUGCAAUGUCAUCAGCGAAUUCAUACAGGAGAGAAACCUUAUAAAUGCAGUUAAUGUGACAAAUGCUUUACUAACAAAAGUAGUUUUAGAAUUCAUCAGAAAAUUCAUACAGGUGAGAAACCUUAUAAAUGCAGUGAAUGUGACAAAUGCUUUACUGACAAAAGUUGUCUUAGAAUUCAUCAGCGAAUUCAUACUGGAGAGAAACCUUACAAAUGCAGUGAAUGUGACAAAUGCUUUACUGACAAAAGUUGUCUUAGAAGUCAUCAGUGAAUUCAUACUGGAGAGAAACCCUACAAAUGCAGUGAAUGUGACAAAUGCUUUACUAAGAAAAGUAGUCUUAGAAUUCAUCAUAGAACUCAUACAGGAGAGAAACCUUACAAAUGCAGUGAAUGUGACAAAUGCUUUACCCACAAAUGGAGUCUGCAAUGUCAUCAGAAUUCAUACAGGAGAGAAACCUUACAAAUGCAGUGA